AUGGGAGAAGAUGAAAAGAUUAUAGGUUAUGUCUCUAAAGUGCAUAAUCUUGUUCAUCUCAUGAAUGGUUGUGGUGAAACCCUAACUAAUAAGAUAAUAGUUGAGAAGGCAAUGCAUACAUUAACCUCUCACUUUGAUCAUGUUAUCAUAGCCAUUCAAGAACCCAACAAUCUUGAAACCAUGAAACUAGAAGGUUUGGUUGGUUUGUUAGAGGCACAUGAGCUAAGGAUUGUCAAGAGGAAAAUGGGUUUAAGAUCCGAUAUAAGCAUUGCAGCUAAGAAUUAUUGGUACAAGAAAGACAAAAGGGCUACAAAAGGCAAGGAUGAUGAAGGAGUAAACCUUACACAUCAAGAUUCAAAUUAUUAUGACGGUAUGGUGCAUAUGGUUGCAGUUGCAGAUGAGCAUGUCGACUCCAAGACUUGGUUCCUCGACACAGGUUACUCGAAUCACAUGAUUGGUCGAAAAGUGCGGUUAUCAAAUUUUGACGAGUCGAAGAAGAUUAAGGUCAGGCUUGCAGAUAAUAACUCAUUGCAAAAAGAAUGUACUGGAAACAUAGUCAUUCAAAUGAGUAAUGAAGCAAAAACUAUGAUUAAAGAUGUACUUUAUGUACCUGGCCUGAAGUGCAAUCUUCUAGGUGUUUGA